UUGCUGUUCUUGUGAAAAAAAAAAUAGUGUGUGUGACAGUGCAUUGUACAUCACUCAUCAAUGUGCACAACUGGAGAGCUCUGAAUGAAAAGGUUCAGUUGAUUUCCCAUUCAAUUCAAUUCGUCAUGUCCACACAUAAAUACUAUUAAAUGGAAAGUAAAAUGUCAACUGUGUGACGGGAAUCAUAAUUGAAAAUUUUGUGGGGUGUAGCAGUUAAAAUUCAGAGAAGAAAAUUUUACUCCGGAGUGGAAAUUUGCCAAAUAAACUUUAUACAAAAGAGAUUCAUUGCAAUUGGAUUCAUCUCAAUUGGUUUUAAUGUCAAUUGACCUAUGCUCAAUUGCAGGUCACAAUUCAUUUUCUAUAAUUCACUUAAACGACUGCUCCAAGAAAACGUAUUCAACGAAGACUCAAAACUAAAAAAAAAAUUAAUAGAAAAACGAAGGCACUUACUUCAUUACAAUAAUGUAAAGACAAAUUUAUGUGAGGCCAAUGCAUCUCAUUUGAUAUUCAAACAGUGACGGUAAAUUAGAAAAUUGUCCACACUUGGAAAUAUUCCGGUCGGAUAAUAACAAAUAAAUGUAUGCAUGAUACGACGUAAAACUAUGUCAUGUCGUUAUUGAAAGAAAAUCAAUAAAGCACAGAAACUUUAUCUGCAAUCAAUGCCAUAUACCACAUAGACUAUAUGAAGUUUGAUGCACUUGAAAGCGGAUUUUUGGACCGAAAUUAUUUUUAAAGUUGGUAAAACAAUUGACGAAGUAUUAUAACAGAAAUAUUCUAAGACUUUAAGCAGCACAUUCUACUGAUAAAGCACAUAAAUCAACAAAACCAAAACCGAAAAAAAAAACGGAAAAUAAAAUGUCUUCCCGUUCGAAAGAAAAAGUUGCGGCCGUCAUACGAAAGUUUUUCAAAAGUUCGGAAAAAAUUGAAACUGGAGAAGGAGCGGGUGGUAGUGGAGCAUCAGGGAGUCCCGCAAGGCGUCUUAGACGCGGCAUUUCACCAAGUCCUAACAGCAAUGGUGUAACAAAACCAAUAGAUACAACAAUAAGAGCACGACGACUAAUGAAAGAGUACAAGGAAAUUCAGAGACUGCAAAGCUUGCGACCUGACCCCAUUUUUACAGUCGAAUUAAUAAACGACAAUCUGUACGAAUGGCACGCACGUUUGCAUAUUGUGGAUUCAGAAUCGAAAUUAGCAGCCGAUAUGUUGGAAUUGAAUGUGCCACACAUUUUAUUACAUUUAAUAUUUCCGGAAAAUUUUCCAUUUUCACCACCAUUUAUGCGAGUGGUAGAACCUAGGAUCGAAAAAGGAUUUGUCAUGGAAGGUGGCGCUAUAUGCAUGGAACUGUUGACGCCAAGGGGAUGGGCUAGUGCGUAUACCGUUGAAGCAGUGUUAAUGCAGUUUGCCGCUAGCCUCGUCAAAGGACAAGGCAGAAUUGCUCGGAAAGUCAAAAACUCGAAGGAUUUUAAUAGGAGAUCGGCAGAGGAGGCGUUCCGCUCAUUAGUCAAAACGCAUGAAAAAUACGGAUGGGUUACUCCCGCAUUGUCCGAUGGUUAAUUAUGUCCCGAAUUGAUAAUAAAUGUUACAUUCAAAAAUGAAUUUCAGAACAUGCUGAACCGAGUGAAUUGAUUAAAUGGUUUAACUGAAAAAUGUUCAUCCGUUAAAGUGGUCGCAAGGUAAAUGAUCUCUUUAGUUUGUGAAUUUGUUUAACGCAAAGCGACCAAUUGUCCUAGAAAAAGAUAUUAGUACUCAGAUAUGCUAAUACGCCCUUAAUCGUAAUUGUUCUGCUUUUGGAAAAGCUGGAGGUCUAAGAUUUCAUACAUUCACAUUAGAUACACAAAUUGUUGUAAUGAAAAUGUUCCUAAAUUUGAUAAUGUCUUCCCAAUGGGAGGUGCAGGAAAACAGGAAAAGUAGGGAAAUAUGCAGUUUUGCUUGUUUUCUCGUCAAAAGGUACUGAUCGACCAGCCAGAUUUUUCAAAAAUUUAGAUAUUUGUAGUCUCGUCAAUACUUUUGACAUAUCGCACAUCAUUUUUGAGCGAAGGACUUCCCGUUGACUCGCGACAACGUUCAUACGCUAGAGAGUUAGGAGAACAUGCGAUACAGAUGUAAACAACGUAAAACUCAUAAUUUUUGUUUGUUUUGGGUCUCAAAACAAUCGGAAUAUUUGCCUGUUUCCCGUCGGAAUUUUUUGUAAAAACGAGUAGGUCGGUGAGUAGUUAUAGGCGACAAAACAAGCAAAACAGAGUGUUUUGCUUGUUUUGCCUGUUUUUCACAAGUUUUUCAAGCAUAUCUCUGGAUUUUUUGCUCAAAAAUGAAGCAAAUAUGUCAAAUGAGAGGUAUUGACGAGACGAAACAAAAUAUUUAAUUUUUAAGAAAAUUGGGUUUGUAGAACAGUAGUGUUAGUGUAGCUAUUGACGAUGAUGAAGCAAGCAAUACUGCAUAUUUUCCUACUUUUCCUGUUUUCCCGCACCUAAUCUGUUCCCCCAACACUCCUCAGCACCACUGGAUCUAUAAUUCUUUACACGAAAGUAGUUCCAAAAUCCACAAAUGCAUUAGCGAAAGACAAAAGGGAAUUCCAACCAAAAACAAAUUGACCUUCAGGGCGAACAGCAUAUUUGAGCAUUAUUACGCUUUUGAAAGGGUGAACAGAACGUGCCAUUUCGUUUAUGCAUUUUUUUAGACAACGUAAACAGAAAGAGAAGAAAACGUUUUUGAAAAUUAAAUAAUUUUUAGAAAAUUCGCUAAAAUUCCAAACCAAAUGAAAUUUUAAUCGUCCAAAACCAUCAAUAAAAGUAUUUUAUAAAUUUUUGCCUGAUAUUCGUACAUAAAAUUAAUAUUCGAUAGAUUAUUAUAAUACUUAUUAUGGUGGUGUCGUCGUCUGAUAAUAAUGAGAGAUAUGGAAUGCAUUUUUUUGGGGGACAGUUUAGUGAAAUUUAUAACAAAAAACAUAUUAGAAGAGAGGCGACCAUGAACUAAAUAAUUAGACAAAAUGUUUUCUGUUUAUAGUAAAACGAAAAUGACAAAUUUAACAUUUUUGCUCA